AUGAUUGCCAUUAUUUUAAAUCUGUCUGGAUUUGUUUUAUCACUAUUUACAAGUAUAUUUGCAAUUAUUUUAUGUCUAUUUAUUCUUGUACAACGACGAUAUCGUCAAAAUCUCGAAUUUUUUAUUUAUGCCACAACAUUUUUUGCUGUUUCUCUAUUUUCAUUAUUGUUAUUUUUAUUGAAUGUAAGAUCAUUAAGACUUGAUUAUAGUAUUGGAUAUGAUGGUGAUUCAAUAAUGUGUCGAUUACAUGGAUAUUUUUUAUGUGUUACUGCUUCAGCAACUUUUAAUGGUUAUUGUCUUCAAGCUGCUUCAAGAUUAAUUCAUAUUGUGUAUCGUCAACAUGUUUGGCUUCGAACAUUUAAAGUUCAUUUAUUGGCUGUUAUCUUCAAUUGGCUCUUAGCUUGUUUUCUCAUGUGUCCAUAUCUUAUCUUCGAAGAUUUGCUUAUCUAUAUUCCGAGUGAAAAUUAUUGUAUAAUACCUUUUACAAAUCUUCCAGGCAAGAUUUACAUAGUUCUAUCAGCAUUUCUUAUUCAAUUCGGAUUUAUUAGUCUAGUUUAUUUUCGACUAGUUGUUUUUCUUCAUCAUUCAGUUGUACGUAAUGCUAAUCGAGAAUUUGCAGUAGUCAAGAGUAUAUUUUAUACUUUUCUAAUUAUGGGUACUAUGGGUAUACUAAAUGGUAUCGUUUGGGUAGUAUAUUUGUUUACAAAUUAUCUUUAUCCAAUGUCUUAUCGUUUGCAACUAUUGUCAUACUCUAUAAGUGCUCUUAUAAUAACUGUAGCAAUAAUUGUUCUCAAUCCUCGUAUACGUUGUUUAGUAUUUGUUCGAAAACGAAGUAUUAUACCUCUAUGUCAACUGGCAGCCAUACCAAUACGAGCAUGA